UAUACCUUUACAACCGCAGCUUCAGCGCCAACAUUGCAACGACAACCCCGCCUUCUUCAAUGGCGAAACGACACCGUUCGCAGGUUCACGACGGCGCAGCUGCAGGCACGGCGGAGCUCAACUCUGUAUUCAUAGACACCAGCCUCGGUACUCACAUCGCCGUAUCCGUAUAUGCAGCUCCGACACAGUUUCAGACUUAAAAAAGAAGGUGACUGUGGCUCAUAAGCAAUCCUUUCCGGAAAUUGGUGAGAUAGAGGUCCACUCUGUGAAGUUGGAACAGAGAUCAAACUAUUAUCAUCUGUCAGACGAUAUGCUUGUUUGGACUGCGUUUGGCGAGGUUAACAGAAAUUGGUUUCUUUCGGUCACAGCUUCCAUUGUCCCCAGACAUCUCUCAGGAAGAAGCUCUAUGAAUGAUAUUGAUGAUGAUUGCAACGGUAUCAUAUCUGAUAGGAACAAGAAUGCAAUUGUUCUUUUUACGUUGCCGGCAUGUGCUGCUCAAAAUAAUGCUGUUCCGCAGACCACUGAUUCUCACAGAAGUAUCUAUGCAGAGGAACAUGGUAUGGGAACCGAGUCUCCUGUGAAGAAGAAAUGUAAAGUGAGGCACACAAAAGAUGAAAGUCAUAAUUCUGGAUUCGAAGGUGGCGACACCAUGUUUUGUUCAAAUGAUAAAGAUGUGAAGCCUAAUAUGUUCGACUCAAUUGCUAAGGUCUCAGGUCCAAAGAAUGACGAAUAUGAUGAUGAGGGGAGGCUUCUGUAUGACAGAACUUACCUACCCAACAUAGCAGAAAAAGGUUCUUCAGCUGGAAUGAGGGGUGCCUCUUGUGAAGGUGGAGAUGUCAACACAUUGGGGGAAAAAAAGAAAAGGAAAUUUGAGAAAACAGCAGAAAACAAUCAUGAUAGAAAAUAUAUGGAGCAGUUUGGAAAAGGUGAAACGACCAAGCCCUCUACUCUUAAAAUGGAAGGAGGAAUGGGUUUGUCAUUAGAGAAUGAUCAUGAAGUUUUAAUGCCAUCAAACAACAAAGCUUCAGACCAUGUUAUUCCAGAUUUAUCACCGAAGGCAGAAAUCCUUUUGCAGAAUGCAGAAAAGAGUAGUUUUAUUGAUCAGAACUCCCAUAAACGUUUAGAUUCUGAUGAGAGAAAAGAAGACAAUGCAUUACAGAGUAAAAUAGAUUAUGAAGGCAAGGAUGUUCCAUCAAUGCAUUCAGGAGGUGUUAACACUAACAUUUCAGAUCCUUAUGCUACAAUAAUGGAUGCUGGAGUCGGAACAGGGGAGGUGAAAUCGGAUGGGAAGAAAAGAAAGAAAAAGAAAGUUCACAAAACUGCAGAAGUCCAGCAUACAAGUGAUGUGGCACAUACUGAAAUUGGUGAAAUGAAUAAGCCUCUUACAGAAACUACUAGGUUGGAAGAAAAGGGUGCAUCUUUGGACCUUGAUAAUGAAAUUAUAAUGCCUGCUGAUAACAAAGCUCCUGACCAUGUUGGUCCGGAUCUAGCAUUGAAAGAGGCCAGUAUUAUUGGGGAUGCAGAUGCUGUAAUGGAACCUGAAAUCUCCAGUUGCGUUAAGAAGAUAAAGAAAAAAAAGAGAGCAAAGAAUUCUGUCAGCACAAAUAUAGAGAAUUCGGGCAUUAAAGAUAUUCACAGUGGUACCGGAGGUUCUCUAGACUUGUCUUCUCUAUCAGGGGACCAUAUCACCAAGGGAAUCGGAAAGGAUGAAAGCACUAGGCUUGAUGAAGGAAUGGAUGUUGAGGUGAGACCGUUGGAUGCUUCAAACCAUGAUGCUCAGAAGGUAGUAUGGGAUGUAAAUAUAAAAGAAGCAGAUCUGGCACAGAUGCAAUCAGAGCGAAUUUUGGAAGAUGUGAGCGUUAGAAAUGAAAUGAUGAGGGAAAAGACCAAAAGCUUUCAAGAUGUUUGCCAUGCAGCUUUGCCCACCACUGAAACAAAUAAUACCAUGAUUAUGCGGGAUGCAGAUGCUGUAAUGGAACCUGAAGUUUCCAGUCGCAUUAAGAAGACGAAGAAAAAGAGGAUUGGCAAGAAUUCUGUCAGCACAAAUAUUGAGAAUCCAGGCAUCAACGAUACUCAGAAUGGCACCAGAGGUUCUUUGGACUUGUCUUCUCCAUCAGGGGAUCGUAUCACCACGGGAAUCAGAAAGGAUGAAAGCACCUGGCUCAAUGAACGAAUGGAUGUCGAGAUGACACUGUUGGAUGCUUCUAACAAUGAUGCUCAGGAAAAAGUAUGGGAUGUAAAUAGAAAAGAAGAAGGGCGAAUUUCGGAAGAUUUGAGCGAUAGAAAUACAAUGAUGAUGGAAAAGAGCAAAACGUUUCCAGAUGUUUGCCAUGCUGCUUUGCCCACUGCCGAAACAGAAAAUACCAUCAUGAAGCCCAAUCAAACGAACCAGGAUGAUGAGAAUACUGAGAAUAAAUCUAGAAAAACUAAAAAGAAAGGGAAGAAGCAAAAGCACACUGCACCAGAUGUCCAAGAAAAUUUGCCAGUUGAGGAUCAACAGGUUAGUGUUGAACCUUUAGCAACAAAAGAAACUUCAUUUGGUUUUUCAAAUUCUGAACUCGCGGCCAGAGAUUUAGAGUCAUCCCAAGUUUUGUCUCGUAAGAGCGAAGAAAAGUUAGAUGAGAAUUACGAGCUUGUCCUAAACACUGAUGGUCUCAAAGAAAAUACUGAAAAGGGCAGUGAAGGAAUCAACUUCAAGCAAUACUUUGUGGCUGACCAACUCCAGAAUCAAGUCGAUAUCAGUAACAAGGUAAGAAAGGAAAACAAGUUGAAGAGUUCAAAAGCUAAAGAUAAUGAACUGGUGAAAACUUCUAGUCCUUCUGAGUUGUGUGAGAUGCCUCGUCAGAAACCCAAUGAAUUUGUUGUUCCCUCAUCCUCCCAUAAGAAGAAUCCAUCUUUGGAUAAAUCAAGCUCGAAAAGGUCCGUGACAUUGCACAACAAUAAGGGAAAUGAAAGGACGCUUUUGCGUUCACAUGUUAAAAAAACGAUGCCCAUGAAGACUCCGAAGAAAAAGAUUUUGUUGGCAAAGUCGGGAACAAUUUUUCAUAAUGAUAGUGGUGAAAGUUCUGGGGAUGAAAAUGGAACCUUGUUUUCAGAUGAUCGCACCCUCACUUCAUCGGAUAGUUCAUCCAUGUCAGGUGAUGACUCGGAAGGGGAAAGUGAAGUGAGCCAGAUUUCUACUCACAAAGGAUCCAGUGCUGCAAAAGGAAAAACUUUGGCUAUGUUAGAAGAGGAGAAUGUGACGAUGGAUGUGAUCCUAAGAAGCUCGAAGCGGUUCAAGAAGGCGAAGGAGAUCGCCACCCAGAUCGAAGAAUCCCAGUCCAUCGAUUUGGUUCCUGAUAGUCAGCCCGUUUAACCUUGUUGCCGGAAUCGAUGUAAAAAAAAAUUGAGUGCAAGGGAAAUACUAAUAUUUUCACUACCGAGGAAGAUGCCGUAGACUUUAUUCAUACCUGGGAAGGAUUAGCUUCGCAAUUUUGGGGUUUUUAGCGAGGGAAAUGUCCGUUUUGUGUUUUCUUUAGUAUGUAUUGUAUCACAAUUGAUAUCGUUUUAGUUUUCUUUUUGUUGAGUUGGUGCGUAUAUGUAUAAAAAUUGGUGAUGUGGAUGAAUGAAGGAUAUGUAUGUUAA